AUGUCGCCGCCAGUGACGAGUAUUGAUGGUGGUAACGACAUCAAAAAACAAAUAAAGAUUCCGCUUCAUAUCGCUGCGCGAAAAGGAUACUUGGACUGUUUGAAGAUUUUAAUUAGCGUUGGUAAAGUAGAUGUGUUUAGAAAAUCUGAACAUGGAAUAACAGCUCUACACCUAGCAGCUGCAAAUGGAAGUAUAAGAGUUGUUGAAGAGUUGCUUAAAUCUGGACCAGGACUGAAACACCUUAAAGAUGAGUCGAAACGAACAGCACUUUUCUUCGCAAUGAAACAUGUGAAAGUCGUAGAGAUCCUGAUUAAUUCAGGUGCAAAAGUAAACAUCAAAGACAAGCACAAUAGAACGCCAAUAAGCUAUGCAGCCGAAAAAGGACUAUUGGAAUGUACAAAUAAGUUGAUAGAAAACGAAGCGGAUAUUAAUUUUGAAGAUAAAGAAAAGAUGAGACCCAUACAUUAUGCUGCAGAGAAAGGUCACUCUGAAGUGUUUCGUGUGUUGCUUGACAAAACUGACCAAGCUGAAUUUGAAAAUUUUUAUUGGAAUUGUUUGGAUCUGGCGAUUAAUGAAAAUCAAGUAGAAAUUGCUUACGCCAUCUUUCAAACGCAAGAUUCUGAAAAAUGGAAGAUAAUGCUGCGGUCUAGAUCAAAACAUGAUGAUUCUGAUUCUAAGUGUGUUGAUACACCAAUGAGGAAGCUUAUAAGAAAAAUGCCUGACGUUGCCAAGGUGGUAUUUGAUAAAUGCACACAGAUCAAGUCAACACGAAAUAAGCACUUUACAGUGAAAUUCAAUUAUGAAUUUCUAGAUGACACGUACUAUCUAGGCGGAUGGAAAGAAACAACACACAAAAAGAGAGGUAAAGUUGCCGAAAAUGUUCAUGAUGAUUUGCAAGAAAAUAAAGAUGAAGAGAAAAACCAGAAAACUAGCAAAG